GCGGUGCUGUGACGCUGUUCCUGCACGGAGACGUCACAUCCGCUGUUCCUGUUGACAGACAGCAGCAGAGCGCUUCCGGUCGUGUCAUGCUCCGUCGUGUUUUCAUGAAACAUUGGAUCAUAUCAUGUGUGCGCGUUCAUAAAUGAUAUUUAUUGAGGGCGAUUCUUCAUAACUCCCGCUUGCAGAGCGCGCGCCGCGAGCCGCCGAUGAGAUGAUUGACGUGUGCCACUCAUAACCAGAGCAGAUACUGAUGAAGAUGAUGAAGAGGAGGAGCAGAGCGAGUAAACGCGCGAGGACUGAUGCACGCGCAGCGGACUCACGUGACGCGGACACCGGCCGGAUGAGCACGGGCUUCUGUCGGCUGUGUCACGGGAAGUUCUCCACGCGGCGGCUGCGGCAGGCGUUCGCGCAGCUGCAGGACGAGUCGUGCGGCGUCUAUCCGCUCUUCUGCUCCGACUUCCAGCAGCUCCUCGGGGUCCCUAUGGAACGAGAUCCCGCUCUGUCCCAGUUCAUCUGCAACAGCUGCCACGCCCAGUUCUACAAGUGCCACAGCAUCCUGCUGGACUUCAGGAACAGGGUCAACCUGACGCCCCUCGCCAGAGACAGGAGCAGCACCGAACGCUCGUCCUCUCAGGAAGACAUGGCUUUAUUCCGCUCACACAUCACGUCGGACAGAAGCUGUCUGCACAGUCUGGUGUCGUGGACGCACAGUCACGCGGAGGGCUGCCGUUCCUGCCCCGACCUGCAGGAGGUGCUGGAGGGCCAGUGCAGAGGCGCUCUGAAGCUGGUGUGGGCAUGUGUGGACGGUCACAGUUACGCGAUGGACACCAGACCAACCGCUGAGACUCAACGUGACGACACGGCCAAAGCGAACAGUGAGCAGCAGCGAACCGCGUGGAGAGGUAACAGCGUCCACACGGCGAGAUCAGGUGAAGCCGCUGCGCCUCAGAAUCACAGCGCGACGCCAGACACGCGGUCCUGUGAGGAGACGGCCGCUCCUGCAGCUCCGCUGCUCAUGGACGAUGCGGACAGUGACCUCUCAGACAGGAACAUGUUGAGUGACGAGGAGUGUGAGGACAGGAGGAAGAGCGGCUCAUCUGAAGACAGCUCCGAUCUGAACCCUGACAAACGUUCUUCAAAGAGGAAAGAGACCAAGACUGUGGAGCCCAAAGCCAGGAGGAAACCUGGACCAAAGCCUGGCUGGAAGAACAGCAUCAAGGCAGAGCGAGAGGAGCUGCCCACCAUCUACAAGUGUCCUCAUCAGGGCUGCACGGCCGUGUACCGAGGAGCCGACGGCAUGAAGAAACACAUCAAGGAGCAUCACGAGGAGGUGCGGGAGAGACCCUGCCCACAUCCCGGCUGCAACAAGGUCUUCAUGAUCGACAGAUACCUGCAGAGACACGUCAAGCUCAUUCACACAGAGGUGAGGAACUACAUCUGUGACCAGUGCGGCCAGACGUUCAAGCAGAGGAAACAUCUGUCCGUUCAUCAGAUGCGUCACUCCGGAGCCAAACCGCUGCAGUGCGAGGUGUGUGGCUUCCAGUGCCGGCAGCGGGCGUCCCUCAAGUACCACAUGACCAAGCACAAGGCCGAGGCUGACCUGGAGUUCGCCUGCGUGAUAUGCAGCAAGCGCUUCGAGAAGGCGCACAAUCUGAACGUGCACAUGUCUAUGGUUCAUCCUCUCAUGCAGGGCGGCAGUGUUCCCGCUCCGCAGGAUCCAGCUCAGACGGACCCGCGCCCACCUGACAUCAGCUGUGUGCUGGACGGCCUGACGGACCACCCCGUAUAGAGCGGAUCCGGACACGACCUCUCUUCAGAUGAGCGCGUGAUCAGAGACACAUCCAGAAACGCUGGAAUAGCGAUCUCGAGCUCGUCACAUGUGUGUAAAUGUCCCAUCAGCACCUGCUCAGGGCUCUCUUCCAAACCACACUGAGCUGCUUUGUUAGGGCACCUUUUAAGUAAACAGGUUUGCUCACAUCUGACACAGAUAUAAUAUUGUUUUUAAACACAAGAUCUGAUUUUUCCAUCUCCGUUCUGAGCCACUUCCAAAUGUGGUUUUAAAUCUGAUACAUAUCCAAUAUCUGGACAUCUGACCAACAUCUAAACACAUGUAUCCCAUCCCAAGGCGAGGGAAAUGCAUUUACCCACCAAGAUGGCUUAAUCAGAUCUGGUGUGCAUUAACGUCAAAGAACCAGCUGACGUGAAUGACAUAAAUCAUUGCAUAUGCAGCCGUUCAGCGUGUCAGCUGAGAGCGAUGGCCAGUGGAAUCACUCUAGUUUGAGCAGGGAUUCAUGUAAACUGAAGAACACUGAGCCAAAGCCGCACAUGCAGCAAAACCUGUGGCAGGAAGUGAGCAGGUUUAGUCUUGUCCGGUUCACAGCGCUCACUAUAACCGCUCCGUAAUCUCAGGGUUUGAUCCAGAGUUUGAUGAACGUGUGAUUCACUUCUCUGCUGAACAUGAGGAGACUGUGCUCCUUAACAAUUUUAAAAGCUUUACAUAUUCUAAAAUUUGAUUUAUAUACAUAUUUUAUUAUAUUUAAAAGCUGAAUAUUAAGUUAAAGUAUAACUGCUUGUGUGUAGCGCAUUAAGGAUAUGAAAUACAUCUAGAUAACUAGCAGCAAAGGCCGGGUGAUGUCCGUCACUGUGAGCUGCUGUAGUCUGGAGCGGGAGGUGCGGUGGGCGUGGCUUCACUGCGUCACUGGCAGCUGAUUGGUGGGUCUCUCUGCAGCAGCAGCUCACUGGAGUUUGGAGCAGAGCUCAGGACAGACAGCAGUGAGAGCUCAUCAUGGUUUAUUGUUACUCUCAGUCAAACACAAACACAGUCCCGUCAUAACAUGAAGAGUCCCAUCCGUCACCUGUCGUCGUUUCUCAUGUGAGGUGUGCGAGCGCCGCUGAUAUCUCUGCGUCCAGCUGCUCGUAUUCUGAGCACAGCUGUGGGAGAAACACACACAUCAGGAACAAACACUCAGAUCUGCACUGAUUCAUCAUUAACCGUCACUUAUGAAGCGGCUUGUUAAAGGGUUUGUGUUUUAAUGUGUCCAUAAUAAACAAAUACAUUCAGUUGUACGUGUU